UAUUGGUGGUCAUUUAGUUUGACUUUGCGCGCGCAAUCGACACGCAGUGAUGCAAGAUUUACAGCUCUAGUCAGUCACUUCGAUUGCACUGUGUAGUAUGACUAGUAGUUAUCCACUGUGUACAUAUUAUACUGAUAUAGCCAGGAAGCGGGAGCUAACAAUGACCACAGUACCAAAUUUUAGUGUUUAGGUGCUGUAGGUAGUACUUUGUAUUAGCUCUGUUCAUGGCGAUUGACACCGAUCACGGACACAUUUAGAUGGUGCUAGUCAUGAUUGUGUGCUGUAGGCCAGAGAUAGGUGAACUUGUAGUGUAACUGUAAAGAUUUGGUGUCAGAAAUCAUUUAAACAGAAAAUUGCAACGAUGGUUUACUCAUAAGUAACCUCAAAAUGAUUAGUCUUCAAAGUCCAUGAGACUAUGCUGAUAAUAUCGAAGACGGAGAGAGAAAAUUAAAGUUGGAUCAAAUAGACGUCAUAUCCAAAGUGGCAAAGAGGAAGGAAGGGCUAAAUGAGUUUGCUGUAUAUCAUAGUAUGGAAAUGAACAGCAGUACUCAUGCUAAACAAGCUUAGACUGCUUGCUAGUAGUAGUAUAUCCAGUGCUGGGAUCAAUAGAUGCAUGAUGUCUAGCAGCAGCAAUGCUAACAGUAAGCCUUUAGGUCCUCAUCAACUUCAAUCUAUAUUUGGUAAUAAGGCAAUCAUGGAUGAUGACAUGGAAGACAUGGAUGAUAUGUUUGCUAAAAAAUCAUCCAAGGCUAAAGGAGGUGGCGAUGGCAAAGCAGCCAAUAAGAGACUGUCUGUAGAGAGGAUUUAUCAGAAGAAAUCUCAACUGGAACACAUCCUGCUACGACCUGACACAUACAUCGGUUCAGUCGAGCAUGUCAAGCAGCAAAUGUGGGUGUUUGAUCCCGAAACCAACGAAGGCAAAGGUGGGAUGGUGACGCGUGAGAUCUCUAUCGUGCCCGGUCUGUACAAGAUCUUCGACGAAAUCCUCGUGAAUGCAGCCGACAACAAACAGAGAGACAAGAACAUGAACUGCAUCAAGGUCAACAUCGACCCCGAAAACAACAAAGUCAGCAUCUGGAAUAACGGCAAAGGAAUUCCAAUCGUCGAGCACAAAGUGGAAAAGAUCUUUGUUCCAGAGCUUAUAUUUGGCCACCUGCUUACGUCCAGUAACUACGAUGACAGCCAGAAGAAAAUCACAGGUGGUAGAAAUGGUUAUGGUGCAAAGUUGUGCAACAUUUUUAGUACCAAGUUUACAUGCGUCACUGCAUGUAAAGAAUACGGCAAAAAGUUUAAACAGACGUGGUCAGACAAUAUGACGAAGGCUGGCAAGCAAGGCGAAUCCCCGGACGUACCAGGGUGCGACGACUACACGGAGAUUCACGUUCUAGAGCCCAGAACCUGCCAGAAGUUUCGUUGGUUAACUGACUUUCCAGCAUUUCUUGGGGUUAAAAACUUUCAAGACUAUGUCCAUCUCUACACGAAAGGCCGUACGUCGGAGGACGGCACUGAUCUGAAGGUCUGCAACGAGCGCGUGAACGAUCGCUGGGAGGUUGCCGUGGCAUUGAGUGAGAAGGGCUUCCAGCAGGUCAGCUUCGUCAACAGCAUCGCGACGACAAAGGGCGGUAGACAUGUUGACUAUGUAGGUGACCAGCUAGUCGGCAAGCUGAUGGAGGUCGUGAAGAAAAAGAACAAAGGAGGGGUCAACGUGAAGCCUUUCCAAGUGAAGAGCCAUAUGUGGCUGUUUGUGAACUGCCUGAUCGAGAAUCCAGCAUUCGACUCGCAGACAAAGGAGAACAUGACCUUGCAGGCAAAAUCGUUUGGCUCUAAGUGCCAGCUCUCUGACAAGUUUGUCAACCAGGUGAUGAAGAUAGGCAUCGUCGAGAGCAUCAUGUCGUGGGUGACCUUCAAGGAGCAGACGCAGCUCAACAAGAAGUGCGCGGCCGUGAAGCGCUCCAAGCUGCGCGGCGUUCCCAAGCUGGAUGACGCCAACGAUGCAGGCACGAAGAACUCGAACGAAUGUACGCUGAUCCUGACGGAGGGAGACUCGGCGAAGACGCUCGCCGUGUCCGGCCUCGCAAUCGUCGGUCGCGACCGCUACGGAGUCUUCCCGCUGCGAGGCAAGGUGCUCAACGUGCGGGAGGCAUCGCACAAGCAGAUCAUGGAAAAUGCAGAGAUUAACAACAUCAUCAAGAUAAUGGGUCUGCAGUACAAAAAGAACUACAGCACGAUGGAAGAUCUAAAAACACUCAGAUACGGUCGCUUGAUGAUAAUGACAGAUCAGGAUGUUGAUGGAUCGCACAUCAAAGGUCUGCUUAUCAACUUCAUCCACCACAACUGGCCCAGCCUGCUGAAGUUGCCCUUCCUAGAAGAGUUCAUCACGCCCAUCGUGAAGGUUUCUAAAGGGAAACAAGAAUUUCCCUUCUUCAGUUUGCCAGAGUUUGAUGAAUGGAAACUAGUAACUGAAAAUUGGCACACAUGGAAAGUAAAGUACUACAAAGGUCUGGGAACCUCCACAUCAAAGGAGGCCAAGGAAUACUUCUCAGACAUGGAGCGACACCGAAUCAAGUUCAAGUAUCAAGGAACGGAGGAUGAUUCCUCGAUCGUGCUGGCUUUUGGUAAAAAGAAGAUUGAAGAAAGAAAAGAAUGGUUGACUAAUGGGUUAAGAGAACGAAAAGACAGGCGUGAGAUCGGUCUAUCUGAGAUCUACCUGUAUGAGAAGGAUACAAAGGCGGUUACCUACACUGAGUUUGUCAACAAGGAACUGAUUCAGUUCAGCAUUUACGACAAUGAGCGCUCGAUCCCGUCACUCGUCGACGGUCUGAAGCCGGGUCAGAGGAAGGUGCUGUUCACUUGUCUGAAGAGAAACGACAAGCGUGAGGUGAAGGUCGUGCAGCUAGGUGGUUCCGUAGCCGAGCUCUCUGCGUACCAUCACGGAGAGCAAUCCCUCAACACCACGAUCGUGAAUCUCGCUCAGAACUUUGUCGGCAGCAACAACAUCAACCUGCUGCAGCCGAUCGGUCAGUUUGGUACGCGCCUGCACGGAGGCAAGGACUGCGCCAGCCCCCGUUACAUCUUCACUAUGCUCAGUUCGCUGACGCGUCUGCUCAUCCACCCGCACGACGAGCCGAGUCUCAACCACCUGUGGGACGACAACCAGAAGAUCGAGCCGGAGUACUACUGUCCGAUCAUCCCGCUCGUGCUCGUCAACGGAGCCGAGGGCAUCGGCACCGGCUGGAGCUGCAAGGUCACGAACUACGACCCGCGGCAGAUCGUGCGCAACAUCCGGCUGCUGAUGAGAGAUCAGGAGUGCGAGCCGAUGCUGCCGUUCUUCAAGAACUUUAAGGGCGAUAUUCAGUCGCUGUCGGAGGACCGGGUCGUCGUGACGGGCGAGGUGUCGGUGAUCGACGACACGACGGUGGAGAUUAGUGAGCUACCUGUGCGCACGUGGACGCAGGCGUACAAGGAGAGCGUGCUCGAACCGAUGAUCCUAGGCACCGACAAGACGCCCGCACAGAUACUAGAACAAGAAGAAGGUGGACAUCAUCAAGAUGCUGGUGGAUCGCGGCUACGACUCCGACCCUGUCAAACUCUGGAAGCAGUCGCAGCAGCAGAAAGAGGUUGCGGAUGCUGGCGACGGCGACACGGAGGAUGAGGAUGCUGGCCCUCGCGACGGUCCGGACUACGAUUACCUCGUCGGCAUGUCAAUGUGGAAUCUCACCAAGGAGAGGAAAGACGAAAUCUUGAAGAAGAAGAAUGACAAGGCGGUUGAGCUCAUGGUGCUGCGUGGGAAGUCGGGUGCCGACCUCUGGGUCGAGGACUUGGAUGCCUUCCUCGAGGAACUAGACAAACAAGAAGCAAGGGAACUGGAAGAUGAACAGUCUGGUAUAACAAAGACGAAAAAGACUGCCAAGGGGAGAGUUGCAAAGGUGAAGAAGUGUAACAAAGAAGAGACUAAGCCGUCUCCAAUGGGUCGGAGAGUGGUUCCCGUAAUCGAUGCUGAACUAAGGAAGAAAGCAGCGAUGGCCAACGAAGUGAAGGGUAGAGCUAAGGCGAAGAAGACAAUGGUGAAGCUGGAAUUCGACGGAGAAGGCAGUGAUGAGGAGAGCACCAAGGUUGCUAACGGCGACGAUGGAGAGAUGAAGCCACUGAGUGAGCGCCUAGAGACGAAGAAAGUAGUACGCAAACCCAAAGAGGACGCAAAACAACCGAAGAUCAGCUUCAAGCCAUUGAAGAAACCUCCGAUCGUGGAAGAGGAGGAGAUCAUCAUACCGAGAGAAAAGACCGAGCGGCGGGCGGCCGUUGCCAAGGCCAAGUACACGUUCAGUGACAACGAGGACGAGGAUGGUGGCAACGAGCGAGGCAGCGACGACAACGACGACAACGACGGCGACAACAUCACGUCUCCGCUGCCGAGCGAGGACGAUUACGACGCAAACAGUACUGACGACGACGACUUCAUGCCGACGAAAGCCAAGAGUCCACGGAAGGUCGCCAAGCCGAGGUCGCCGAGGAAGGCUCCGCAGAAGAAAGCAGCUCCAAUUCUGAUUGAUGACGACGAUGAUGACAGCAUAAGUGGUAUUGCUGCUCCCAGUAGUGCAGAAGAAACACGGAAGAAAGUGGCGAAUCUCAUCGAGAACAUCCCCAGUGACAGUGACGAGGAGGCAAACUUCCCCUCGCUCAUGGACAGAGUCUCUCCUCAGGCGUCGAAGCCGACAGGUGCUGCAAAGAAAACUGCGGGACCGAAAUCUAAGACAGCUGACAAAGAUGAGAAGAAGAAGGUGAAUCGUCAAUCCAAACCCGCCAAGAAAGAUGACAAGCAACCGAGCAUCUUGCUGUCAAUGGGAAAGUUGAGUGAAAAGAGAAAGGCGGAUGAUUCCGAUGACUCGGUCCAAGAAGUACAUGCCAAGAAGAAGCCGGCGGGAAAGAAGUUCCUAUACUCCAGCGAGGAGGAGGAGGAGGUCGUACCGAAGGCAAAGAAGGUUGCGGCGCCGCGUAAGAAGGCGACCAAGAAGCCAGCCGUGGACAGCGACAGCGCGUCGGACAUCGCAUUCAGUCCGAAGAAAAAGGCACCGCCAAAGAAGAAGCCAAAGAAGAAGGCAACAUCGGACGACGACGACGACGACGAAGACUUUGACAACAUACUGAAAAACGUGGCAGCGAAGGAACGGCCGGGUCGGUCUCGGCAACCUGUGAAAUACAAGUUCGACGACGAUGAUGGCGACAGCGACUUUUAGGCAACUCCGCCUGCCUGUGUCGAGUGAGUGCGAGGUCGGUGUGCAAAAGGGCUUAUACAGGCAGCCGUGUAAACAGCUGUCAGUCCGGGCACGACACAGCUUAAACAGUGUACUGAUAAUCGGUCGUUUUCUGCUGAUAAACGCUCGUUUUUACAGAUUACCCCGUCAUUUUCUAUAGAUAAUCGGCGUUUUUCUGAGACCAAUCUUUGAAUUUUGAACAGUAGAUGUUUGGAUGGGUUGUAUAAUUCGCUCGUUACGCCAUUGCUCGUUCGUUUGGAUGUUCUUAGAGAACGUCGGAUGACACACUGGGAGAAGCGUGAAUUCUUGAUCCGACGUGUUAAACGUUUUUUACGUACACGAGUCGGAUUCACUCAUAGAGCGAGUCUCGGUUCGUUAAUGUUUAAUUAUACAGUGUUCGCUGUUUGAAAAUUUGUAAUUGGUUUCAACGUCGCAAGCCUUGAACGGCAUAAAUUUUGCGCUCCACCUGCCAAGAGUUGAUGACGUCGUAGGUUUGUGACGGCGUGACCGUUUGUAAUGUUUCCGACCGCGCGGACGCCUGGUGUCGUACCGACAUCUCUCCACUCGUGUUGUGUUCGGGGUCGGCGGUGUGGCACCAGGCUCCCUGUGCAGCAAUGCAUAAAGUUCACUUGCGGACUACACUGCCAGGAAGAGCUAACACUCGCAUGUGAACAAACUCGUUGGAUACUCUGUACUCUGUUCUCAGUACUCUGGAUACUCGGUCUGUGCACUCGCUAAAUGUACAUACCGUCUACGUUGUGGUAACUGUUGAGCAACGUACGUAUAACUAACUACUCGUCGGUCUCCAACCUUCAGGGAUUGAUGCCCCGAGUGUAAGUCGUGUGUGUUGCAGGUGUUUAUGUGUAUAUGCGUGCGUGCGUGCGUGCGUGCGUGCAUGAUGGCACCUGUGUAGUUUUCUGCGUGAUACAUUGGCCGGUUCAACGUUCUUAAACCGAUUUUUAAUUGCAAACAAGCAACUUAUGCAGCACGCCGGCACGCAAUGCUAUUCACACAAGUUUUUUCAGCUCGGUCAGUACUCACUUAGUCGCACGAUUUUACUUGGCGAAUCACCCACCGGUCGCUCUGCACGCUACGAUGUAAAUAGCUAUGUCUCUGCAGUCAGUGUCUGAUAUUGGGCCGGGCCGCCUCUCGGGGCUGCGGCCAUGUUUUUUACCGUGGGGUGUCGUUAAAUGCGGGGAGGACGGCACGUGUGCGGCUGCUAUGUGCUUCUAAUUCUCAUUACUUCGUGUUUAUUUUAUAUAGAUCGUUUCGUGAAAGUUUUUGUUCGUGUCGACGUUUCUUCGUCUGCCUCUCAUGAUCGGGUUUUUGGUAUGCACUAGUUUUCUGUGUUUAGUGUAAUUUGGAGAUUAUUAAGAGCACAUAAUAGAGGGAGGGUCCCACUAUUACGUACUGCUAAUGUUAAUGGGUUAGGUGGCUAUCUAAGUUGCAUCUGUUCCUAUUAUUAGAUCAUUAGUAUCACGUAUUUACAUUCCUGCUGUUGUCUUUGUCAUGAUAAAGGAUCGUUUGAUACAUUCACGUGCAGUCGGCAUUUGUUUACAUCCAAAUGUAGUACUAAAUACUCUAUCGAUAGUAUUGUGGUAAUGUAACUGUUCCAUCUUUAGAAUGUAUUAGUACAUACUAGUAAUACAGCUGUGAAAAAAAAAAAUUAAUUUGUUCAUAAUUGAUUUACUAAGUGUCCUAGUGCAAAAAACAUGACUGAGUUCAAAUUCUUAAAUCAAAUAAAAGGUCAGCACACUA